AAUCGAUAUCUGAAAUUUUCUUCAACUGGAGAAUCACAUGAUCUCUAACUAUACAGCCUUUAAAAAUUGCAGUGAAGCACGUCGAACACGACUGCGAUGCUAAAAUGCACGACUGUCACGUUGCGAUGGAAGUGCUGUGUGAGGUUAUCAAGUCCCGACAGGCGCUCAUCGUCUAUUUUCCGGACUCUUUCCGGUGGUUGCCUAGUUCGGCUUCGAGAAAAUCCCGCAGAGAGUUUGUCUCCAACACUAAGAAAUUGUUCGGCCAAUUAACUAACGGGCACGUGGCUUUGAUUUGCGGGCGAGACAAGUGGGAAAAUAAAGCCAAAAAAGUAGAGAAAUAUCCUGCUUCUUUGGGGAAACUUAUUGACGAAUUAAGAGCAACUAAGCGAAACACGAGUGACGGCGCAAACAAGCUAUUCACUAAUGUUGUGUAUAUAAAACCCCCAAAGGUGAUAUAUACUUCUCCUUAA